AUGACCUACAUUCUCUUUUAUUUCCUACUUUUCACGGUGAUCAUAGGUGGGACAGCCUUAUAUCUCAGUCGGUCACGAUGGAUGCCGUUGGUCCAAGUGCCUGACUACUUCUAUCACCGCCUUCCAUCGAGCUUCACUGCUGACCUAGAGGCUGGUUUAAGCUCAUCACAAUUUGAUAUUACGGCCAAUGUUGCAAACGGAGAUUCGAGAGCCGGGCUGGACCAACAAGCGAAGAGGGAAGUGAGGAAAAUUAUGAAGAGUCAACAUGUCAAUUUUGAUGAAGCACGUCGAAUCUUCACAGAGCAACGAUUUGCAAAGAAUAAUAUUGGACCAGAUGGCCGCCCAAGGGACCCCAAGUUUGUCUCAUUUUCCUGA